AGCAACCGACCAAUCAAUUAAAUGCACAAUCAAUAUGCAAAUCGAUUUGUGCACCUGGAAGGAUGCAAAAAGGAAACUCCGACGAGGCAGCUGCUGGGGCAGGUUCCGUCCAGCCGGAGGAGCCGCCGUCACAACAGGCGCAUAAAUCUGUCGAUGCUGGCGCCGAGUUUCAAAUCAGCUUGAACGAAUUUUUGGAGUUUUUGAAGCUUUCCUGUCAUGUAAACGAUAUGAUAGAGAAAGCAGAUAUGUCAAAACCACACACUAGGGAGCCAGUGCCGCCCAUGGAGGGUGGACCCGGGGCCUCCAAGCGAAAUUCUAAAAAAGACGAGUUCGACUUUGACAAUUUGGCCGACAAUCAUCUGGUAAACGAGCUCCUGGGGCUCAAGCGCAGUCAUCGCCACUCAAACACUCGGGAUGACAGCCGUGGCAGUGUGCUGGGCGAGCAAAAAUCCAGCCUACGUUCUGGCCAUGUUCACAAGAGGACAGACGCCACCUACCACGGCCUCCACCCAAAGCUCACCGAGCAAUUGGAUUCCGUCAUCAAUGAGGGUGUUUUGGACUCGGUGCUGUCCUUUGUCUGUCCAGUUCCAGUGCCCACGGCGCUCACAACCAGCGGACGAGCGAAGACCAAACAGCAGCUGCAGCAGCUGUUUCCCAAGGAAGUUUUUACACUGCCCACACCGACGACCAGCGCGUCGUCCGCACUGCCGAUGGGGACAGCCAAGUCCAUGACAGAGAUUACCCAUGUGCAUUCAUCCAUAUCGACGACAGCUUCGGCACCGUCCCUGCAGCAGACCGCCAACAAUGCCCCGCAUGCGGAGCCUCCAUCCUCCAACAGCAUGGUGCGAGCUCUUGUCAAGGAGCCGACUGCCAAGGCUAUCGUGAAUCCCACUGUAAGGCGCAAGUCCGUGAUGCUGCUCAAGGACAGCAAACAUUCGAGGCAGGAGAAGAAGGAGCCCGAGGUCGUCAUUCAUGUCUGCGACGAAGUGAAGAACACCUCCCGUGACUUCAGCUGCCCCCAGCAUCUGUUGGUCAGCAAGAUGGGGUACUUUGCCGAUGUGACUGCCGGCCAGCGCCUGGAGGAGAUGGACAUAUCCGUUCACUGCGACAUUUUAAUAUUCGACUGGCUGAUGAAGUGGAUCAAGCACAGUGCCCAGAGCCAGGACAUGCCCGGUCCGGGACAGAGCAGCGCCGCUGCUUCUGGGCCCCAGCUGGAUGGAAACAAUGUGGUACCCAUUCUGGUCUCUGCCAGCUUUCUGCAAAUGGAGCCACUGCUUCUCGAGUGCCUGGCCUUCUGCCAUGCCCAUCUGAGCGAGGUGGUGCGCACGUCCACCAAUCUGUCGUGCCUCAACGAUGCCCUCGUCACCCGUCUGGCCGCCAUGUUCACAAACCUCGAGCUGGAGAUGGUGCGGGACAAGAAGGAGCGCGUGACACCGCGCCUCUGGACCAAACUGAUCCAGUCGCUGUGUGAGCCGGACCCGGAGGCCUUGCGCGGCCACUUCUACAGCAUGUCCGGCCUCUUCCGUUGCGCUCGCUGCUUCAAUUGCGUGACCAACACCAUGAAGUCCUACGUCAGCUGUGUGCCCAGCAACAUCCGCCUGAACCGCUGGGGCCAGCUGAUGAGCCACCAUGUGCGGGAUCCCAACUGGGACCUCAACAUCUAUAUCAUGCAGCUCUUCAAGGAGCUGAAGUCCUGGCGCAAGGUCUACUGGAAGCUUUGGGGCAGCUGCCACUAUCUCUACUGCUGCACCUGCGAGGCGCAUUUUCCCGUCUACCAGAUGAACUGGUGCCGCUUCCAUCCUGGGGCACCCAACUUCCUGGGACCGGUUGACUAUGCGGGACCAUCUGGACGCUUCGCAUGCUGUGGCCAGCAGGCCUUUCGCUAUGAGACCCUGCCAGGACCCAACGGCUGCCAGUUCCGGGAGCACAGCGUCCUGGUGGAGACCGAUCGUGAGCGUGCCAUUCUGGCCAUUGCCCAGCUGGUGGGCGAGAACUAUGCCCUGUGUGAGAUGCCGCCGUUAAGGGUACAGGAGAUGGCCGCCGCCGGCGAGAUAAGCCCCAGCUGGCAGGGCAUCUCGCUGACGCCACAGCGCUGCCGCCAGGGUCUACUACCGCAACUCUGCAUGGACAGUGUGUUGAAGAAGGUGACCAAUCAUCGGGUGAGCCGACGGAUGCGUGCCUCGCGCUACCAAAUGGACACCAGCACUGACUCGGAGACGACAUCCACCAGUGAGGAGGACGGUCGCUGUCUGCGCCCCAAAAUGCGCAAUUUCCAUGACGAUGAGAACUACAGCUCCAGCAGCGAUGGCUGCGAGUCGGAGCACCCCCCGCCUAGAAAGGCACGCGGAAAGAAGAAACGCAAACGUCCCACCGAGGUGUCGGGUCGCUUCUGGUCCGGCGAGCUGUCUGCACGCAGUAACCAGGAUCAUCAGCGCGACUUUGAGGAGAAGAUCAUGAAGCAGGUGGCCACGUACGUGACCAAGAAAACUGGCAACGACCAGAGUCUGGUGCAAAAUGCCCAGCCCCUGGGUGGCACCUAUGUCCGCCUCGAGUGCGAGUGGAAGGAGAUGAUCAAGCAGCGUCACAACAACCACAAUAUACAGGGCGGCACCAAUGUGACUGGUCUGGCCCAGAACAGUGGCAGCAACAUAUGCCUGGGUUCGGCCGUAGCUGGCGGUGGGUCCAUGGCUUCUGGCAUGUCCAAGCAGAAGCACAAGUAGCAAUCCAACCAGAUAUAUCGUAGAAAUCGUUAUACACACAUACCAUACAAAUUUCUUAGCAAAGAUCGUAGACAAAAUGUUUAGUCACCAAAGUUCUAGUCAAAUGUUUAGCGCAAAUUUAAAUAAAUCAUAAAUAAAACAUUCAA